AGGUAGUCCUUUAAUGAGAGACCCACGAACGGCGCCGUCUUCAGGAUGUUGGUUUCUUUCUUUUUCUGCUUCAGUUGCCGAGUCGCUAUCCUUUCGUCUCCUUCUUCUUGUAUACCCAAAUAAAGUUAAGAGCUUUGCUGCGCUGUUCAUAUCAAGUUUCAGGCUUUUGCUUUUUUGUCUGCUUCUGAUGCUCAAAGAAACGGCAUCUGAUGCAAAACUAAGACCGAAACUUCUACUCGGGUUACUAUUCUAGGCUUCUUUUCGUAUUCUGCUCGCUUCUCUUUUCGAUGACCAACCGCUAGGCUAGAUCUCUUAAAAAAGCUCACUGGUUCGUUUGUUUUCUAUGUACUGAUUUUCUGCCAUGGCCACUUCUUGAACUCAUGAGUUGGGUAUUGAUGAAGUGUUUAGUAAGUUGGUAGUGUUAAAAAGCCGGUGCAUUUUCAAGGGAAGUUCAGAUCUAGCCCUCUCCUAACUCUGCUGGGGCUUACAUGCAGGAUCUCUCUUCUACUUUCUUAGCCUUUUGGUGACCAAGUUUCUUCUGCAAGUCUGGAGUCGUGUUUGCAGUCAUUGACCUCAAUUUGAAGGAAAGAGAUUAGACUUGUGGAGUUGGCUCGUUCACCCUUUUGGCAAUGGGGAAAUCUCCAGGGAAGUGGUUGAAGUCCUUAAUUCGUGGGAAGAAGUCAUCAAAAUCUAGCCUUUCGAAAGAAAAGGAAGUUUUGAAACCAAAUAAUGGAGAGGCAUUCGUUCCCUCGAAAGCACCUUUAACAGAUUUGAAGGGAAAUCCUCAAACAGACACAGUUACACAAUCAGUUCCGGGAGUUGGAGAUGGGAGUGGAGUGAAUUCAGAAGGUGCUGCAAUUGCCGAGUCACGGGAUGAGAAGGUUGCUAUUGUCUGUGAAAAUGAAGGUGAAAAUGGGAGCCUAGCAACUAGUUCGAGUAAAGUUUCCGAGACAGUGAGGCUUGAGCAAACUGGAGUGAUGGCACAGGCAGAUGUUAGCGGCUAUCUGUCCCCCCAUGAUUCCGAAGAGCAAGGACAUAUAAUAAGGUUGCAGUCAGUUAUCCGUGGCCAACUGGUUAGAAGGCAAGCUGUUGCUACCUUGAAUUCUGUUUUGGCCAUCAUAAAGUUUCAAGCACUAGUUCGAGGUCAAAAUGUUCGAUGUUCAAGUCUCGGUAUUGAAGUGCAGAAGACGAUCAGCCUUGCAAAACUUCUGGCUUCAAAUGCAGCUCAAGGACAUCCUAAAUGCUCAUUAUUAGGACAGAAGUUUGAGAAUGCCUUUGUUAGAAUGCUUUUAACUUCAACAGCUAGUGCAAUGCCUCUAUUCCUCAAGUAUGCUCCUGGGGAACCCAACUCAGCCAUGAUGUGGCUGGAUCGCUGGACAAAGUCAGAAUUCUGGAAACAUAUUUCACAACAGAAGAUCAACCUGGAAUCAAACUCCACAACUAAGCAAGACAGUGUACAAAGAGUUGAAAGUCAACGAGGCAGGCAAAAACAAGCUAUCCGGAAGUCAUCUAGUCCUAAUGUUGCCAAUGGCAUACAUGGGAAGAAUUUGGAGUCCAACAAACCAAAACACAAUCCUAGAAAGUUCACUAGCCAUACUGUAGAUGUGGCCAACAAGAAGCAUUCAGAAACAGAACCAGAGCCAGUUAAGGUAAAGCAUACUUCGAGAAAGGCUUCUGGGUCUGCAACGAAAGCUGUGGAAAGAGUUGACGAUAGUAAACCAAAGCUCAGUGCAAAGAAGACUUCUGGUACUUGUGCACUUGAGGCUUUAGAGCAGCUGGGCAGUCAUGUUUCUGUUGAUGUGGCAAAAGAUAUUCCAGUGGCAGUUUCAGGUGAAGAAGCUGAUGUAGUCCCGAGUCCAAAACUGAAGGCCACGGAGGAUAUGCCAACUCCAGAGGUGAAUGGGAUACUUGCUAAUUUAGAAGAGAAUAAUAAUAUACUGUUGGAUCCACAUGAUGGGCUUGCAGGAAGCGAGAACCUGAAAACAAGCGAAAGAAGAGCAUCAUUGCCAGCCAAUAUUGAGCAGCAGGAGAAUGGUGGGCUUGGGACACCCAAACGUCCAAGUUAUAUGGCACCAACUGAAUCUGCAAGGGCUAAGCUGAGAGCUCAAGGAUCUCCAAUGUUCCCACAAGAUGUAGUAGUUGAGAAGAAUGGCACAGCAACUAGACGACAUUCACUGCCAUCUUCCAUCAAUGAGAAGUGUGCUUCCAUGUCGCCACGAGCUCAUAACAGAUCUGUCAACUCAGCAAGUAAAGGGUUUAUCAGGAGUGAUAGAUCGCUAACCACUUCCAGAGACGGCAGUGGACGAUUAGACCCGAGUGGAGAAGGUGAUUUGGAAGGAGUUGUGUUCUGCAUGAAUGCUACGAAGGAAAAAGGCGUCGAUUUGAACGUGUUCUGA